AAAAGACAGACAAAAACCCCAACAAAAUUUGCCGUAGGCAAUCGCCGUGAGCGAGGCUGAGAAAGAAUCUGUCGCAGACGGCAGCUCUUAGCCAUCGACGACGGCAGCUCUUAGCCAUCGACGACGGCGGAUGAUCUCUCCGGCAGCUUAGCUAUCAAUUUCAGAUCUUGAUGUGAAUUACAUUCAAUGUGAACCUGACUGUCACUUGCUUGGGGUGUUUGAGCUCUCAAUCUCUGGUUUUCUUUGGGAUGAAGAUACUGAAGGAAAAUGCUGGUGUGCUUACCAAUUUUGAAGUGCUCAACUUUCUAAGAUCCAAAGGGGCUUCAAAGGAUCCAACACGGGUCCUUGCCGAUGUUGCACCAUCUGAGUAUAAGGUUUAUGAUUAUUUGGCUGGGACUGCAGCUUGCAACCAGACAAGAGAAAAUGUUGAAGAGUUCUUCGAGAAGUGUAAGAAGUAUGACCUUGCAAAAGCUGAGGUGCUCAAUAUUCUGCAUCUUAGGCCAACUACUCCGGUGGAAAUUGACUUGAUUGUAGAGCAUUGUGAGAUGCGCUUAGGAGAUGAUGUUGAAGAGUUGAUAGAAAUGGUGGCAGAGGUAUUGCCUGCUCCUCCAUCUAAACCAGAGAAUGAAGAGACAAUAAAUGAGGCUAAUGAAGCAACUGAAAACAAGAGAGACACUGGAGAACAGAUGGAUGUGGAUCAAGGGAAAGCUGCAGAUGGGUAACCGCUCAUCAUAAGUUGACGGUAUAUAAAAACAACAUAUAUAACUCUAUGCUUGAAGUUUUAUGUUGAAGAACGUUUUAGCAUCUAAUUGAGAAGAUUUUUAAACUGUUAGUUUUUUGUAGUGUUAGGAUUAUGAAAAGAAAAUGAAAAUGAGUUUAUGGCUA